UUGCUCUUCUCCUCUAAGACUAUUUAGUCUUCAAGUGGUCGUUUCAUCAGUUCUGAAAGUUCACUGACGACCUUCAAUUGCUUUUGAAACAAAUGUCUCAGUGAUGGGAAAACAGCGAACAAUUUCCUGGGGGGUUGCGGUAUCUAGAAAAAGGCUCUCCUCUCUCCUGACCAAAGGAAUUGCUCAUUCAAGGAGGGUAUGUGCAAUCAAGCACCGAAAACUACGCCCCAUACACUUCGAGCCUCGUGUAUGGAGCAAGUGCACAGAGCUGGCGCACGUUUGCUGAAGCUCUGGCUGGAUAAAAUGCCAAUGAGCUUUCUCUUGAAAAUAAAUCAUUUCCCGAUGACGGAGAAUCCAGGAGCAACACGGAAGGACUGAGGAUAUAGAGGGAACAUGUACUGUAAUGUGUACAUUAAUAAUCAAGCUGAGACGUCACCCCGACACGAAAUCCAACUGCUUGGAAACUUUUUUUUUUAUCCCAACGAGCGAGUUUCUUUUUGCUGUCGCAACCUCACUUCGAGAAAUUCCGCAUACACACAUAGGGCGAGCCACCCCACCGCACAAGAACCACUGGCCGUGAACCCUUCCAAUAAAUAACUCAUCUACGCAUCAACCCAUAAUCUUUUCCUUUCUCCGCAGAAGGACAUCACCACCCGUCAUCAUGUCAGACCAGACCAACGCAGCCUGGCCGCUCGCCGACCAAGCGAUGACCCAGACAAUUCUGGAUCUUGUCCAGCAAGCCUCGCACUACCGCCAGCUGAAGAAGGGGGCCAACGAGGCCACCAAGACCCUGAACCGCGGCACCUCCGAGAUUGUGAUUCUCGCUGCAGAUACCACCCCACUGGCGAUCCUCCUCCACCUCCCGCUCCUCGCUGAGGAUAAGAACGUGCCCUACGUGUACGUGCCCAGCAAGAUGGCCCUGGGCCGCGCAUGCGGUGUCAGCCGUGCCGUCAUCGCGGCUAGCAUCACCACCAACGAAGCCAGCGAUCUGAAUGCUCAGAUUCAGACGCUGAAGAUGAACGUUGAGAGGUUGAUGAUAUAGGCUUCUAGAUGGACGGAUUGGGUGGAUAUUCUGGAUUUUGGAUUUUGCGGAGGCAAUCACUGGCCCGGGAGGGGGUUGGCAUGACCAUUGGGCUGUUCUUACUGACUACUGGAUAUUUGAACCGGUGGGGAAUCGGACUGUGCCAGUGGCGGGGAUUGUGUAUAACCAGCUAUCCUCUACAGAGCCAAACGGGGAAACCUCCCACAAGUAAAUAGGGUGAAAAUUUAGAUUUAAAAAACUGAAAAAUGCUAUCUCAUUUAAACUCUUACCCAACUCCUAAUCCCUCCAUGUUUUGUAAUGUUUUACGUUUCAUACAUGUUUGAUUUUCUAUAUUGGUUAAUCUCCACAAGCCAUGAUCAGUAGGACAGUUGAAGAGACUGGGAAACAGAAAAGAAUGAAACAAAAUAUACAGACACAAGAACAAACUAAACAAGCUUCAUUGACUGACACGAUAUGGCGGCGUGCAGAAGAAGAGCAUGUCUAAUCAUUUGAUCCCCGUACUUGGUUCCAUUACACCUGUGGGAAAGCUGUACAAAGCUGAAGGACAUGAAUGAAUCUGAGCGAUGAUAAAACCUAGAUAUAUAACUGAGAAGAGAAUCAAAAAAUUGUAGCACUAAUGAGAGAAAACAAAGCACUGAAAAACAAGAUAUGUAAUGUAUGUACAUAACAACUAUCAUUUUUCUCUUUCCGCCAUCUCUCUGAUGUGUUGCUUUUAUCUAUCUAUAUGUACUCUAUAUUUAACAUGGUGGUGGCCCGCGAUAGGCUAGUUAGAAUAUAAAGCCGAUGAGAAAAGAAAAGCAUAUGUCAAACAAGAAAACGAAAGGAAAAUCAUAAAAAACACAAUAAAUAGCC